AAGCUACCAUUUAGCUUCUUUAUAAAUUCAUGUAUUUUCAACGCCGGUCGCAGAAGUUGAGACCGUCCUUUUCAUAAGAAAAUAUUGGCAGGAUUAGUAAUGUAUACUUUUUAUUAUUUUGUACCUUCUACUAAUGUCAUUCUCAGUUCAAACUCAGCAGGUGGUAUUAAUUUAAGAUUUAUUGUAAAUUAAAUAACAUUAAAUAAAAAAUAACUUUAAGUAGGUACCUACCUACAAUAGAUAAUAUCUUACUACUUACUACGAAUAUGGUGCCUAUUGCUUGGGUAUGUCUAUGUGAAAACAAAAUCAUAAUGUUGCACCGUAAAAGCAUAUGCUUGCGUUUUUAAUUACCAAUGUCGUUAAAUCAAAUUAAUUAGAAAGUCAAGCGAAUAAUGACUUUUUGCAUUCCUAUGCAGAGCUACACAUAUUAUUGACAAUUGUGAAUAGUAUGAUGAAUUUUCUAAUGUAUUGCAUUAUUUUUCAGUAUUUGGUAAUAAUUUAUAUUUUAUUCAAAUACCCUAGGCAUAAUGGUACUACGUGUGUAGAUUAGAAGUAAAGUUUUGAUAUUUUAGAGAUGUCACCGAGCGUCAGAGAUCAUCGAAAUCAAACAUGGUAAAGAGUAUGAAAAGUUUAAUCAUCAAACUUCUGAAUCUGAUGAAGAUCAAUAUAAAGAAAAUAAAGCAAUGGAAGAGGAUUAUAUCGCACUUAAUAAACUUGGCGAUGAAAGCAACUUAGCAGAUGAAGAAGUAAGCCAUGAAGUGGAUAAACUCAAUGAUUUUCAGUUUCAAGUCGAAGAUAUGGUACAAGAAAAAGAGGGUGGUGAUGACGUAGACCUGUUUGGUACAAAUCCACACUACAAUAUACCUGUGAAUUAUCAAGAUUUCGGAAGACGAUUCGUUUUAACGUACCCUUAUGUAGAGCAAUAUCUUGUAACAAAAAAUAUAACUGAUAAAGAACUAAAGCCAGUCAAGGAAUACUGGGAUGAUGUAUGGAAAGAAGAUGUAGAUGUAAAGAAAAUGCUACGAUAUGGCAAUGAGCGAAACAAAUUGGGUUCCGUAACAGUGAAAAUAUCACCAGGUUCGAAGCUGCACGAACUGAUAUCGAUUCUCAAGCAAAGAUCGCCAAGAUUUCUUUACGUCAUAAAUAAAAGUACUGAAAGAUACAUUGAUUUAUUAUAA